GUAAAUAACGCCUGGAAGGAUAUGUACGGGAAACACGAGAAACUCAUUAUCUGACGGGAGUUUGCGCUUUCUAUCUGAAAGACAGUGCUCACUGGGUGUUGGAAAGGAAAUUCUUGGCAACAGAUGCCUUGUUUGAUGAUAACUGCUUAUUUGAUGUCCAAUGUUUUCCAUUUCUACGAUUUCGACUUCAUUGCGGUAGCGAAACAAAGACAAUUUACUACGGAGGUUCAUUGAAAGCCGGUAUUGUGUUCAUGUUAAGUUCUAAUGAGACAUUAAUACCCCUGUUUUCUUUGUGAGGAUUCGCGGGAUUUCUCGGUUUGUUUAAAUGUCAAAAACAACUUGGAAGUAUGUCUUUCUUUUGGUAUCGCUAUGGCUGCUUAUCCUUGGCUACAUGGGUUAUCAGCUUUUGUCCGUUGUCGACGAUGCAAACCGAAGCGCUGUCGCACUUCUGCAAAAGGAAAGACAAAUCGAACUGCUACAGACUCAGAAUGGGGGACUAAAAAAGAAGUUAGCGGAAUUUCAAGCAGACAAGAAUAAACUCGAAAUGGAAGUAGCCGAACUUAGACAGAAGAACUCAGAUCUUCAACGCAAACUAACAGCUCAGAAAUCCUCGAUUGUUACUCCUAUGAAACCGCAUGAGCUCAAAGAUAAGCGUGAUCAAGAUUCGGAAGUAGCGAUCACUUCAUCGGUAAAAUUUACGCCGCCUAGUCUGGAAUUUUUAACGAUAAGACGGAGGGCAGAGAAGGAACUGAAAGAAAUGUGGUAUUUUAUAAGUGCUGAGGUGAGCAGAAUUAAGAUGUCUGCCAGCGAAAGCGUGAAAUCGAAGCUGACAAAGAUGAUGUGGACUGUUGAAGACAUGCAUCAUGUUUUGUCUUUAAACUUUGAAAACUUAAAAUCUAUGGAUGGACAAAGAGAAUGGGUUGAAAAGGAACAUAAAGAACUUAGCGAUCUUGUCCAAAGAAGACUGUAUCAUUUGCAGAAUCCAACCGAUUGCGAUUCGACGAAGAAGCUGAUGUGUCAGCUUAACAAAGGAUGUGGUUACGGUUGCCAAGUUCACCAUCUAAUGUACUGUUUCAUUGUUGCUUAUGGCCUUCAAAGGACUCUUAUAAUCGACUCUAGCGGUUGGAGGUAUUCGCCUAAAGGCUGGAAUGGAAUUUUUAAACCCGUUAGUGAAACCUGUACAAAUCAUCAGGGGAAUAUAGCGGCAUGGAGCGAAUCCGCGUCGAAAAGCGAACAAAAUAUUUUGAUGCCAAUUGUCGAUAGUUUAUACCCCAGGCCUCCCUACAUGCCGUUGGCUGUGCCUAAAGAUUUGGCCAACAGAAUACAGAAAAUUCACAGCCAUCCGUUCGUGUGGUGGAUAGGGCAGUUUGCUAAAUAUUUAUUUCGCUAUUCACCUGCUGUGCAAGAAGAGAUCGACCAAAAAAGAACUUUGCUUGGCUUCAAGAAACCAAUUGUCGGGGUUCAAGUUCGUAGAACUGAUAAAAUUAACACAGAAGCAGCUUUUCACUCCAUUGAAGAAUACAUGUAUUGGGUAGACUUGUUCUAUAACAAGCUAGAAAGAGUUCAACCUGUGAAACAAAGACGUGUCUAUCUUGCAACAGAUGAUGCUAAUUUAUUGCCUGAAGCAAAAGAAAAGUACAAGAACUACGAAUUUGUUAGUGAUCAGGAAAUUUCCAAAUCUGCUGGCCUUGGAUCACGUUACUCCGACUCUUCUCUACAUGGAGUUCUGUUUGAUAUUCAAAUGUUAUCAGAGUGUGAUUUCUUGGUUUGCACCUUUUCUUCACAGGUUUGCCGUGUGGCCUAUGAACUGAUGCAAUCAUCUCAACCUGAUGCUGCUAAAAAAUUCCAAUCCUUGGAUGACAUUUACUACUUUGGUGGUCAAUCUGGUCAUGAUGUGAAAGCCAUCUAUCCCCAUCGUGGGCAAGAUUCUACUCAGAUAGACUUAGCUGUGGGAGAUCGUGUUGGAAUUGCUGGCAAUCAUUGGGAUGGAUAUUCCAAGGGUGUCAAUCAUAAGACUCGUCAAGAUGGUCUUUUCCCAUCCUACAAAGUGGAAGAUGUCAUGGAAAUUUUUGAUUUCCCAACCUAUGACGGAGUAUAGCUGAACCUAUCUUCAUAUCAAACACUUUAUAAAAUGAAUCAAUAAUCUGGUAGAAAUUAUGAUUUUUAGUUUUUUAACGUCAAGUCAUAAAUUAAUAUAUGGAUUAAACAUAGAAGUCAUGUAGAGAAAGAAAUGAAUUAUGUACCAAUAGCUAGGCUAAUACAAUCACAGUUAACAAUUGAAACCACCUUGCUUAACUUUUUAAUUUUCAAACGUUAACCUUACAAUCCUGAAUUCCAAGAAGAUGAUAAAAUAUCUGGACCAUUAAAAUACAUUUAUCAUGAUAA